GGCUAUAACUUGAUGGCCUUGGGGUUUUCAUUCCAGGAGUCUUUUAUAUUUAAAGUUUCUGGUAUUUCCUUCGUCGCCGUCGUUAAAAAGAAGAAAGAAAACAUGGCUUAUGCAGCAAUGAAGCCCACGAAGGCUGGUUUGGAAGAGCCACUCGAGCAAAUUCAUAAGAUCAGGAUUACUCUCUCCUCCAAGAAUGUGAAGAACCUUGAGAAAGUGUGUGCUGAUUUGGUUCGUGGAGCUAAGGACAAGAGACUGAGAACCAAGGGACCAGUGAGAAUGCCCACCAAGGUUCUUAAGAUCACUACCCGAAAAGCUCCUUGUGGUGAAGGAACCAACACAUGGGACAGAUUCGAACUUAGGGUGCACAAGCGAGUGAUUGAUCUCUUCAGCUCUCCUGAUGUGGUCAAGCAAAUCACUUCCAUCACGAUUGAACCUGGUGUCGAGGUCGAAGUCACCAUCGCCGACUCUUAGAUUAUUGAAAACUUUAGCUCUUUAGUUGAGAUAUUCAUCUUUUCAGAGUUUGUUAUUUACAUCUAUCAAAACUGAGAUUAUUAUAAUAACGCGCUUGUACACGAUUCUCUGAGUUGUUGAAAGGCUUGCAAACUUUCUAGAAAA